CAUUCUCUCUUCACUCUCUCUAAUCACAACAAUUCCGAGAAAAUCAUGUCUUCAGGAGUUUAUUAUCGUUCGUGGAUGGAUAAACUUCAUAUGGAUCCCAACACCAAUUUACUUACGGAAGAAUACGUUCAAGGGAUUGGAGAAUUCAUGAAGCUUGUUGAACAGCAACCGGUUGCAAAAACCGGUAUGUUAAGAUGUCUCUGCUCUAUUUGCAAUAAUAAUAGGAUUAUAAGAGAAUUUGUUGUUUGGACUCAUUUGUAUAUGAGAGGAUUUUCACGUAAUUAUAAAGUUUGGUAUCUUCAUGGGGAAACUGGUUAUGAAUAUGGUAGUAGUUCGGCGAGCAGUUCCCGUCAUGGUCCGAGGAAGCACGCCAUUCCGCAUCCCGUCGUUCUGCACCCCGUGGCAGCCGAGGUAGUUCGGCGAGCAGUUCCCGUCCAUCGGGAUCAUCUCACGAACAAAACUCGGUUCCCGCAUAUGUUCCCGCUCCCGCUCCAUAUGUUCCCGCUCCAGCUGCUCAGGAGGAUCCGUGGGUCAUGUCAGUUCAACAAUUGGUUCAACAACCAGAUCGAGAGCAUCUCCCGGUUCUCCAACCCAACCCACGACCGGGACAUACAACUUGGUUCGACAAUUCGAGCAAUGGCAUUAGCAGGAGCAUCAACAAUAUGAUGUAUUACAUGCUCCAUACCGGAUAUUCGAAGUAGAGUGUGAUUCCUGGCGAGGACCGGGAGUUGUGGUUUCGUCAGUUUGCGGUAACUCUUCAGUUUUUUUUAAAGCUGUUUUCAAUUUUUUUUAUAUAUAUCUACUAAUUAAAUUAUGUGUGUUUUGUAGCAAGAGUUCACUUGGGAGUCCGGUCUCACGGAAACAGUCCGUCAGAAAUUCAACGAAAAGGCCAUGGACUCUUAUACGAAGCAGAUCAACGCUUGGAAGACAGUAUGGCAGAAGAACAAGAGGCCACGGUACAUCAACGGGACGGUGUGGGAGCAGUUGAUAGUCCAUUGGGAGAAGGACGACACUGCAGCGACGUCUCUUAAGAACUCCAAGAACCGGAAGAGCGAUCGUGGCGGGAAAGGUAUGUAUGUGCACAACCUCGGUGCUUGCUCUAUGUCUUCUAAGGAGGAUCAACUUGUAAGUUCUAUUUUUUUUUAUCUUUAUAUUUAUUUAAAUAAAUAUUUUUAUAUAUUCUUUGGCUAAUGACUGUUUUUUAGAUUGAAGCAAAUGACGGUAAUCCUGUUGAUCGUCUUCAACUUAUUAAGGAGGCUCACACUAACAAGAAGACAAGUCAAAUUCAGGACGCCAUGACCAGAUCCGUCGUUGACUUGGUGGAAACUAAAAAAAAAGCUCUUCUAUCUUCUCAGCCUCUCUCUGAUGACGGCGAUUCUACGGGAGUUUCAACCAACAUGUUCCGAUUGCAAAUAAAUGAGAUGGUCGAAAAGGUAAUUUUUUAU